UUCACACACUUCUUCUCUAUCCCCAUAAAGCCACUUCAACUGCCCAAAACCUUAAAAUAAACACCAUCUUCUUCAUUCCACACAACACCAAAAGACUCCAACCUCUUCCACCGGAAACCUCCAAAACCAGAAACACUUCUAAACCCAAACAGGAAGAAAGCAGAAGCAGAAACAAGCCCAGAAAAAAGAUGAGGGGCAGCAACCACUUGAUUGGUCUACUCAACUUCACCACCUUCCUCCUCUCCAUCCCUAUCCUCGGCGGUGGAAUCUGGCUAAGCAGCCGAGCCAACAACAGUGACUGCCUCGAGUUCCUCCAAUGGCCUCUAAUAGUCAUGGGAGUCUCCAUCAUGGUGGUGUCUCUCGCAGGCAUCGCCGGAGCUUGUUACCGUAACACUGUCCUCAUGUGGGUCUACCUCUUCGUCAUGUUUUUCAUCAUAGCUGCCCUGAUCGGGUUCAUCAUUUUCGCUUACGCCGUGACGGAUAAAGGGUCCGGCAGGUCGUUGGUGAACCGGGCUUACAAGGACUACUAUCUGGAGGACUACUCCGGCUGGCUGGCCGAUCGCGUAGCUGAUAAUAGCUACUGGAGGAAGAUUGCUUCUUGUGUGAGGGACUCUAAGGUUUGCAAGAAGAUGGACAACAGUGUCAAUGGUGUGCCGGAGACUUCUGACAUGUUUUACAACAGAAGGCUUAGUUCUGUUCAGUCUGGAUGCUGCAAGCCCCCUACAGAGUGUGGGUAUAGCUAUUUGAACGAGACGGUCUGGACCACUGGAGGAGGCUUGGUGGGAACAAAUCCCGACUGUUCUAUGUGGAACAAUGAUCAGCAGGAACUCUGCUAUUCCUGUAACUCUUGCAAGGCAGGUGUCCUGGCCAGCAUUAGGAAGAGUUGGAGGAAGGUCUCUGUGAUCAACAUUGUUGUAUUGAUCAUCUUAGUUAUCUUCUAUGUGAUUGGCUGUGCAGCAUUCAGAAACAAUCGUCGGAUUGACAAUGAUGAACCAUAUGGUGAGGCUCGGAUGACAAAGGCGCAACCUAGCAGUUUCCAGCUUUAAAUCCUUUAAUGGUAGAGGAAUCUGAUAGUUGGAAAAACUGUCAAAAUACACUUAAGAUUGCACUCAUUAGGGCUUUUUCGUCUUAGGCAAAGUGAAAAACAUCAUGAACUUGGCUUAAUUUUUGAAAAGUUGCUUGUAUAUGUGAAUUAACAUGUACUUAUUUUAUCUAUCUUUAUCAGUAACCUGAUAGAAGAAUGCGUAUAUAA